UGCAGAUAAGUUUAAACGUGUCUCUCCCCCCUCCGCCCCCCCAGCACACACUUCUUGCGUUAAAAUGUGAUAUCCUAGUUUUAAUUGCUUCAAUCCUAUUAGUUGUUCUUUUUAACAAGUGAUUGUAUAUGCCCUCGGUGCAGGGAAAUCCCUCGAUUGUGGACUCCUGUUAUUUAGACAAGCGCUCUUUCAGAAGUAAAUGCCAUUCUUAGCAUAGGGAAGUACUUUAGGUCUAAAGGGGUUAAGAAGGCCUCCUUGCAUUCAGAAACAUGCAGGGGUCCCACAGUGCCAGUUCCAGCCUUUUAAACUCUUUCCAGCUUUUUUUUCUUGCAACAAAUCUGUCUGACUGCCACCAGGACAUAGGAAGCGUGUGCCUGUCAAAGAAAUCAAGUUUACUUUUCCCGAGUUGUUAAACAGAGGCAGGGUAUAAAUACAGCUAACUCUGCUCGGACUAUUAGCAUUUCUCUUAAAAUAAGGGAGUUACUUCCUAAGACCUUUAAUCCAAUGAGGUCCAGACCAGACUGCUCUAUUGACAAAGACAGGAAGGAAGCUUGCUGAAGUUGUUGAGAAGUCAGGUGUAUUUGGACUUUUCUGAACAUUUCAGGCUUGCAAAAACAAACAAACAAACAAAAUCAGCUCAAUUGGUGACCUUUCCUUGGAGAAAUUCAGAGAUGCCGUUGGUACUGUUUGCUCAGUGGAUGUGGAUCUUGCUGGGGAAGACCACUGUUCUCUUGCUGUUGGAGGUCCCCUUAAAGGGUAACGCUUUACCUCCAAUACGGUAUUCUCAUGCUGGGAUAUGCCCGAAUGACAUGAACCCUAACCUGUGGGUAGAUGCACAGAGCACCUGCAAGAGAGAGUGUGAAGCGGACUUGGAAUGCGAGACCUUUGAGAAGUGCUGCCCCAAUGUCUGCGGUACGAAGAGUUGCGUGGCAGCUCGGUACAUGGAUGUCAAGGGGAAGAAGGGGCCUGUCGGGAUGCCCAAAGAGGCAACGUGUGACCGUUUUAUGUGUAUCCAGCAAGGCUCGGAGUGCGAUAUCUGGGACGGACAGCCCGUGUGCAAAUGCAAAGACAGGUGUGAAAAGGAGCCUAGCUUUACCUGUGCCUCUGAUGGACUCACCUAUUACAACAAGUGUUAUAUGGAUGCAGAAGCUUGCAUCAAAGGCAUCACGUUGAAUGUUGUCACUUGUCGGUACCAUCUCACCUGGCCAAAUACUAGCCCUAUCCCACCAGAGACUACCGCUCGCCCUACCACAGCCUAUUCAGAGACAACCAUCAUCGAUGUCCUUCCACCUGCUCUAGUUAACAAUCCAGUCCAUCAGUCGGUCUACGUGGGGGAGACCGUUAGCUUUCUCUGCGAUGUCACGGGCAGGCCCAAGCCAGAAAUCACCUGGGAGAAGCAAGUAGAUGGUAAGGAAAAGAUCAUAAUGAAGCCAAACCACGUCAGAGGGAACGUUGUGGUGACCAACAUUGCCCAGCUGGUGAUCUAUAACACCCAGCUGCAAGACGCAGGCAUUUACACUUGCAGCGCCAAGAACAGCGGCGGCCUUCUCAGAGCCGAUUUCCCCUUAUCGGUCGUCAAAGGAGAACCUGCAAAUAAAGAAGCGUCCCAAAACAAAACCCACUUCCCCACCGACGAGUGUCUGAAGCAGCCAGACAGUGAAGACUGUGGGGAGGAGCAAACCAGAUGGUAUUAUGAUGCGAAGAAAAACAACUGCUUUACAUUUAUCUAUGGGAACUGCAACAGCAACCUGAACCACUUUGACACCUAUGAGAACUGCAUGCUGACCUGCAUGAACGGUCCAAUCAACGUUUGCAACCUGCCAGCCCUUCAAGGUCACUGCAAAGCCUAUGAGCCCAGAUGGGCGUAUAACAGUUUGACAAAGCAAUGCCAGUCCUUCAUUUAUGGUGGGUGUGGAGGCAACGAGAAUAACUUUGAGAGCAGAGAGGCCUGCGAAGAGAUGUGCCCUUUCCCGAAGAACACGCACUGCAAAGCUUGCAAGCCUCGCCAAAAGCUGGUGACAAGCUUCUGCAAAAGUGACUUUGUGAUCCUGGGCCGUAUAACAGAACUGACCGAAGACCAAGACUCUGGGCAUGCCCUGGUGACGGUGGAGGAGAUCCUAAAGGACGAAAAAAUGGGCUUAAAAUUCCUGGGGAAGGAACCUCUAGAAAUCACACUUUUAAACAUGGACUGGAGCUGCCCGUGCCCCAACAUGACCACGGUAGAUGGCCAGCUCAUCAUCAUGGGCGAUGUCCAUAACGGGAUGGCCGUCCUGCAGCCAGACAGCUUUGUGGGCGUCUCCAGCGUCCGGCGUGUACGAAAGCUGCGCGAGGUCAUCCACAAGAAAACCUGCGAGCUCUUGAAAGAGUUCUUAGGAUUACACUAACCUUACUCAGAGGUGUCAGCCUUUCAGAUCUGCAUGUUUUAUAGGGCUAACAAGAGCUAGGCUAGUGCAGAAGCUAAAAAAGCUGUUCGAAGAUACACUGUAGGAAUUAUGCAGAACCCUUAUUUUAAUCCAUUAAUGAUGCUUAGCAACAAUGUAGUAUGCUCUUUGGCAAGCACGUACAAUAGCAGCAAAAGGCUAUUAAUCUUGCAUCAAAAUCAAUUUGCCCAUAUAGAAGUGCCAUUUAACUAGCUGACUCACUGCAGUAAUUACAUAAUUUUUAUGUAGCUUCCAUCAUAAAUGACUGAAUUCAUAGCAUUUUUUUUUUCCCAGUUAAUUGGUACAAAGCUAAGUAAUACAUACUGUCAACUUAAUCUGUCUCAUUUGCAGUAUGGAAAUGUUAAUGGUAAGUCAUUAUAAGUAAGUCAUACUCUCUUGUUUCCUCAUAGCAGCACUAAUAUAUUUCAAGAUAAAACACUGUAAAUUAUUGUCUAUAUUUACUAUAAUUAUACAGGUUAAGUCAAUCUAUGCAUUAUGAAUUUGCUCACCGUUGAGUAGAAAUUUGCAUACAUAGCAAUUUUCUUUGGUUUGUGCCUAAUGUUGAAUACAGCGAAAACAAAUCCUACACUUCUGCCCCAAAAAAACCAGCCUCUCCUUGGAGGUCAACUGGACAAUCAUCCUGAGUGCAGUCCCCGGGACAGCAGACACGUCACCAAAGCCCAACGCCGUUUCACACCUAAUGUUUCAUGUCAUGAGAAUGGCACUGCUCAUUUUACCGCACUAUCCUAUUUGUGGUUUUCAAUACAUAUGGUGAAAAUCCGACAUGAAAAGGCGUUCUGAAAUGGAAAGGCUGUGUGCUGUGAGCCAUUUUGGUUUUGAAAACCCAUUGCAUGCGAGACUGUGCAGUGACUUAUUGCUUAAUUUUGUCAGCAUGCCCGAUUUGCUAGGUUAUAGGGUAGUAUUACAGCAGUCACAAUGACAUUAACAAUAGCAGAGUGCAAUGCACAUACUGAAAGAGCAUAUUAUACAUGCAAACUGCUUACAAAUCUGAUAUCCCCAAAUGUGAACAAAGUGCACAAUAAAAGUAUCUAUCCAUUUUCUUUUUUUACAUUUCCUGCCUAAUUCCGUCAGAAUUUUUACCAGAAAAUGUCCUUCCAACCAGUAAAACAUUUUGUGUAUGGGCGCUGUAUCCAUGUGUACAUAGAAAUACGCAAAGACAGAAAGGUCUGUAUGGGUGUAUACACGCAAUAUCGAUCUUGAAAUCAUACUUCUGUGUACUAAACUGAAAAAGUUACAUCUGCGCAAUUUUUAAAUAAAGAAAAGGCUGAUCCUGGAAAUCUCCUGCCUCUUUGGAGGGGUGUCAUUGCACUGGCAUUGUGAGCGUUAUUCUCCUAUACUUGAUUUUUGUCCCUACUAUGGUCUUUUUUCAGAUGGUUAAAUGAGUUACUGCAACAGUGCUCAGGGGUGGCUGUUGUUGCACAAAAGGCCAAUUCAAAUAUGGAUCUGUGUCAAGAUACGCUGUGCUCAAAGGGAAGAAGGACGCAGUUAAUGCUACUCUGUGAUGCCAUCUAACGGCUAGUUCAAGAGCCAGCAGGAGGCAGCUAAUUGCUUGCAUCGCAAAGGGGAAAUGGUGUUGAGGCAGCAAAAAGCGUGCAUGUGCGUUUGAAUGUGUAUGUUGGGCCUGAUUAUGAAAAGGACACGAGGAAGCCUGUAAAAAAUAGGUGAACUAGCCAAGCACUGGGGUCAAGCGCUCCAUGACAGUGCCUAAACUCGGGAGGCCAAGCUACGCCGUGUAUUUCGCAGCUGGCAACAAAGUUUGCAAAGACGAGAUCUAAUGGACAAUCAGUGACAAGCCACUUUUAAAUAUCAUGCCUGACUUUCCUUCACACAUUGGUCCCUUUACACCACUCGGGCAGCACAAGCGUACCUCCAAGCGCUUUUAUAUCGACCAUAAGCCUUCUUCGUCAAGGCAACGUGAAGGGGCUGUAGUGAAAAUGAGAAUUAAGCCCCUCUCCCUUUGGUUCACCCUUUUGCAGGGGUUACACAACAUAAACAAGCAUGCUCUGAGCCCCGGCUGGGAAAAGGUGAGAGUUACAUUUUUAUUUGCCUAAUUUAAAGAAAGCCGAGUACGAAACUGGUCGCUACAUCUGACCCACGGCCAAGAAAAUAAUUGUAUGGUUUUUGUUGCAUCUU